AGAGCCCUCUACAGAGACGUCAUGCAGGAGAAUUAUGAGAAUGUGACCUCGCUGGCAGGUGACUGGAUGGUGAGUGAGAAUCAGGAGCAGAAUCCUCAACAGGCAGAUGCUAAGCAAGUGGAACUGCACAGAGCAUUAUCACAAGGAUCUAAAGGAACUGUGUCCAGGAGUCGUGAGCAGGGAAAAGUUUGUGAGAGUCAGCACAGGUCAAAAAGGCAGCAGGGAAACCAGCCAGGGGAGAAACUGAGUAAAUCUACAAAUAGUCCAGGAACUCACAAGCACCUUAAGGAAACCAGAGCCCAGCAAAGAAUCCCCACAGGAGAGAAAAACAACACGUGUACUGAGUGUGGGAAAAGCUUCAGUAGCCCCUCAAAGCUUAUUAGGCAUGAGAGAAUCCACACAGGAGAGAGACCCUAUACCUGUUCUGAGUGUGGGAAAAGCUUCAAUGAUAUGUCCCCCCUUAUUAGACAUGAGAGGGUCCAUAUAGGAGAGAGACCUUAUGAAUGCUGUGAGUGCAGAAAAAGCUUCACUCAGAGUUCAGCACUUAUUAGACAUCAUAGAAUCCACACAGGAGAAAGACCAUAUGAAUGCUCAGAGUGUGGGAAAAACUUCAAUGACAACUCACACCUUCUCAGACAUGAGAGAAUUCACUCGGGAAAAAGAGCCUAUAAAUGUUCAGUGUGUGGGAAAACCUUCACUUACCGCUCGGGCCUUAUUACACAUCAAAGGAAACAGACCCUAUGCAUGCUGGGAGUGUAGGAAAAUCUUCACUGACUGACCAAGGCUUAUUUGUCUUCAGAGAUUCCACUCAGGAGAGAAACCCUAUAAAUGCUCAGGGUGUGGGAAGAGUUUUUAUGUGUGCUCACACUGUGUUGAGCAUCUGAGGAUCCACAAGAGUGACAAACACAAUAAAAAACUUGCCUAGGGCUGACAAAAUAUGUUUUCUUUAAUACUUUGGUUAAUUCUCACAUAGUGAACUCUAAGGUUUUUUGCAGCAUUUGCUUCACCAUGGUCUAUCAGGUCCCCCAGGUGAGUUACCUGCUUUUGCCAACAUACAGUAGUUGAAGUUUUCAAACACAUUUCUGCAUAAAGUAACCUGACCGCCACCAUUUUUCCUAGUUUAAAGAAACCUGGAGUAUCACUUUUAUACUAUUCCUCCCACUGCAAAGUGAUGGUUAGUCACUGAGUUCCCUCUUUGGGGACAGAUUGUCUCAUUCCCAGUUGUUCUCAUGUUACCCUGGGUUGUGCAGAGCAGCAUUCCUUUUUUGUACUGUUUUUUUCUCAUUUAAAAUAUAUUUAAAUAUAACCAAGAGCAGGGACAGGCAAAAGAAUGUUAUUUCAGCUUCUGUUAGACGGGAAGGUGAUGGUGUGAGUUGGAGGGAUUCUCUCCUUCCCCAGCACCCGAGUAGUGUCAGCUUCUGUCUGAGCCAUGUAAUAUUUAUCUUCUCCACAUUCUAAUUCUCCACCUACCAAAGUGUCACAUGAUGCCAUAUGCUCAACUCUGUGAUUCAGAAUUGUGCUUUGAAAUCAGACUCAAUAGUGCUGCAGAUGAAUGUGUCACACAUCUGGAAGGGAAAUUUGAAUGGAUCCCAAACAGAAUGUGAUCAUUUUUAGUCUAAAUCCCAGUUUCCGUGUGUGUGUGUGUAUGUUUUUUCUCUCCGUGUGAUGUCCCAGCUCUGUGCAGGUAGCUGACCCAGCAGACAUUGAUAGAACUACCCAGAAAGAGCAGAGACUCAGUUCGGUGGUGAAGGCGCUCGGCGAGGUUUAUUGUUAAUGAAGCACGGUCCUAGCGCCCCAUAGAUCCUACAGAUAUGCUAAGACAUAUAUGCCCGUUACAACAGACUAGCUCAGUCAGCAGCAGGACUUUCUGCUGCCCCUGUGGCUGGACAAAGGGUUAAGACGAGAUACCCCGACAUUUAUAAACAAUUUAUGUACCAUCUUACAAGUUUCAUUACAUUGCUUUGUUACCUCCUCUUGUUUCUGAUAUCUUGGACAAAACAUCCCCAUUCAUUAUUUUGUCAAACCAUCUUAUCUUGUAUUUGAUUGGGAUGUAUCUGUACUAGCUGGAAUAUAUUGACAUAAAUGUCAAGUAUGUUUUUAUGUUGCCAAGGCCAGGCCUCCUCUCGUUCACAACCUUUGAUUGAGGCCUCAGAUCUUGUGCAAGGCCCAGUGCUCAAGGCCCAGUGCUCGCUCUCUCUCUCUCUCUCUCUACUACCCCAUGUAUUAGCUAGGCCGCUUCUGGACUUUUUCCUAAUUGGUUGGAAUUGUGUGCAGAUGGGAAGGUUGGCUGCUUUUUCCCCAUUAUGAUUGUUAAUACUUUUGUAAAUUACAUGAUUUAAUAAUAAUGAGACAGUGCUCAGUGAAGGAGGUAUCAGAGGAGAAGACAAUGGAAGAAUCAUGUAACCUGCUCUGGAAUUUUACUUUAUAUGAAACUGGAAGUGUCUUAUACCUCUCUGAGAUUUUUUUUUCCUCCUCUUUCCUGAAGGCCAUUUGGUCACAUAACUAGAUAGUAGUUUUGUUUGACAGAUUGUAGCUCAGAUUUAUUGGGAAUUUUUAGACAAGUGACCAUUUGCUAAAAUAGUCAUUUCUUGCUUUGUUUUUCUUUCUCCCCGUCCUUCCAUGAUGGCAUGGAGAAAAGGUGAAGUGCAGUUCAGCGAAGAGAAUACUCCCAUCUAUUGCACCUGCUACGCAGGACUCAUUAAUAUUUUUUAAUCUCCAAUCUGAAAUGAUGAACAAGAGCAGACUCCAAUAGUACAACUACCCGAAGUAACUGUGUAUGUUCAGAGUGUUCAAUUGUGUAGGUCAUAUUGUCAGAUCCUCCAAUGACCGACUGAAUUACGCAGUAAGUGACUUGAAACUAGGUAAAAUGUCGGUCUUUGAUUCCCAAAACAGUUAUAAUUCAGGUCUCACAGCAGGUUACCCAUGAAGCUAAUCUCCUAAAUAAUCUUAUUAUUUGGAAAAGGAUAUCCCUAACUAUGCAGAUGUAAAUAGAAAUGGUGUGUUUGCUGAACUUAUUCUUUGUAUGUGCUGCAAAUAUGGAUAAAAUGACAUCUUUCUUGAAGCAGAAAAAUAACUAUUAUGAUAGAUUUCAGAGUAGCAGCCCACUCAGUAGUUAGUCUGUAUCCGCAAAAAGAACAGGAGUACUUGUGGCACCUCAGAGACUAUUUGAGCAUAAGCUUUCGUGGGCUACAGAGAAAUCACAUCUCUGGUAGCUUACAGAGAUUCUGAUCCAGACCUGUACAUAGUUCCUAAUUUUUAACAUGUGGCAUCAUAUUAAAGAAAUAAAUUAGGUAUAUGUCUGGGGAAUCCAUUCUUCACUAGCACUGCUGAAAUUGUGGGUGGUUUGGUAAGGAAUUCUAGUACAGAUAAGUUAAAUUUAUCCUGCCCUAGGCCAAGAACUUGGCAAGAACCUAGAGAGAAAUAGCAGCCGCCUAGUUGUUUGUUUUCACCCAGGAGAAGGAAGCUGUGGUUUAGUGUGGCACAGAUAAAACUGUUUACAACGUCACUGUGUUGAGUGGCACAGAUUACAGCCCCAAAGGAUGCCAUGGUGAGAUUGGGAACAAUUGUCCUUUAUUAUUUGUAUCCAGUGUUUCAUGAGGCAAAGCGAGAAAGAGUUUAUGCCUUCAGAGGACAUUCCUUCCCUAUGGGUCCCAAUCUGGCUGCCUUGCUGGAUAAGAAGCACUUCCAUGCUGUGCAAGUGGUAAUAGCCAAUGAGGGAAUGAAUGUGUCAGACUGCAGGAUACGUGAAUUUUGAGUCCUGAUUCUAUGUGUUGGUUUCUUAGGCUAUGUCAACAGUACAGAGUUUUGUUGUCAAAAGUUAUGCCUCUUUAAUUAAAGCACUUUAAUUAAACCAC